AUGUGUGGCAUAUUCGCUUAUCUCAACUUUCUAACUCCAAAGACUCGCAGUGAAAUCAUCGACAUCCUCAUUCAAGGUCUACAGCGUAUGGAAUAUCGAGGAUAUGACUCUGCCGGUAUUGCAAUUGACGGUGGAAACGAACCAAACGACCCACAUGACGACAUAGUCCUGAUCAGAAAGGCUGGAAAGGUCUCGGUUCUAGCAGAAUCCAUCAAAGAAACCUCAUCUACCCUCGAUAUGAACAUGAAGUACAACAUUCACUGCGGUAUUGCACAUACUCGUUGGGCCACACAUGGAUCCCCAAAGGACGUUAACAGUCAUCCACAAAGGAGUAACGAGAAAAACGAAUUCAUGGUGGUACAUAAUGGAAUCAUUACUAACUAUCGAGAAAUCAAAGAAUAUUUAAAAAGAAAAGGACAUAAAUUCGAGGUAAGCGCAGAAGGAGCGUUCGCGUUAGCCUUCAAAUCGUCGAAAUUCCCUGGUCAGUUGGUGGCUACCCGCCGUGGUUCACCUCUACUGGUUGGCAUAAAGAGUAACAGCCCACUUGAGACAAAUCAUUUCCCAGUCUCUUACAGCAAAGGUAUGCGAUCAGCACACUUGAAGGAACGUGAAAAUUCUACUACGAAUGUACGGCCGUUCGAUUCUGAAGAAUGGGAAGUGGAAUAUUUCGUCGCGUCGGAUGCAGCUGCUAUCAUAGAGCACACCAAGCAAGUACUAUUCUUGGAGGAUGAUGAUGUGGCUUUUGUUGAAGACGGAGCACUCACCAUCCAUCGUUUCACUCGCAAAGCGUCGGAUAGUACAUCGGAUCAAACUCGUGAGGUGCAGAAUCUGAACUUAGAACUGCAGCAAAUUAUGAAGGGCAACUUUAAGACUUUCAUGCAAAAAGAAAUCUUUGAGCAGCCCGACUCGGUUGUGAAUACAAUGCGCGGUCGUCUCUUGCCUAGUGGCCAGGUGGUACUGGGUGGCAUUAAGGAUUAUGUUGCGGACAUCAAGAGAUGUCGUCGAUUGAUAAUGGUCGCUUGUGGUACAUCAUACAAUUCAGCUAUAGCUUGUCGACAGAUCCUGGAAGAGCUUUCCGAACUGCCAGUUGUACUGGAACUAGCAUCGGACUUCCUCGAUCGUCAAACGCCUAUUUUCCGUGAUGACGUCUGUAUUUUCGUCUCACAAAGCGGUGAAACAGCUGAUACUCUAAUGGCACUCAGGUACUGUAAGCCGCGGGGAGCCCUCCUUAUUGGAGUCACAAACACCGUUGGAUCGUCUAUUUGCCGCGAAUCACACUGUGGUAUUCACAUCAAUGCUGGUCCCGAAAUCGGUGUCGCUUCUACCAAGGCGUACACCUCACAAAUUCUGGCUCUUCUCAUGUUUGCGUUAGUUCUAUCAGAUGAUCGUAUUUCAAUGAUCAAUAGAAGAAGAGAGAUUAUUAACGCAAUGAACAGUUUACCAGAGUUGAUCCGUGAAGUGUUAACCCUAGACAAAGAGGUACUAAAAAUCGCGGAGGAGAUCUAUAAGGAGAAAUCACUUUUGAUUAUGGGACGCGGUUUCAAUUUCGCCACAUGCCUUGAGGGAGCACUCAAAAUCAAAGAAUUGUCUUAUAUGCAUUGCGAGGGUAUAAUGUCUGGCGAGUUGAAACAUGGCCCAUUGGCGAUGGUCGAUGAGAAUUUACGUAUUUGCAUGAUUAUCUGUAACGACACAGUCUUUUCGAAAUCGCUGAAUGCAUUACAACAAGUGGUAGCAAGAGGUGGAGCGCCAAUUAUUAUUGCUGAUAACACAGUGCCAGAAAAUGAUUUGGCUGGCAUGAAGCAUGUAUUAAGAGUACCGAAGACAGUCGAUUGUGUACAGAAUAUACUUACAGUCAUUCCUCUUCAAUUAAUGUCAUACCACAUUGCAGAACUAAACGGACAUAACGUAGACCGUCCACGAAAUUUGGCCAAAUCAGUCACUGUGGAAUGA